CGCGCGUUCGAACCAGCGUAUAUCGAACACGGCAAGAUGGUUCGCUUCGGCGGUGUCCCCAUGCCGGAAGAGACCGUCGAGGACCCGACGCUGCAGCACAACUUCAAGGGCCACAAGGGCGUCGUCCACGCUUGCGCAUUCAAGCCAAAUCUCAAGCAGCUGGUCACCGCGUCCGAGGACCACUCGCUCAUGAUAUGGAGCCCCGGGGUUCCAAACGCCAGGGCGUACAAGUUCAGCGGCCACACCGACGCCGUCACGGCGGUGGCGUACUCGUCCGACGGCACGACCAUCGCGAGCGGCUCGCGGGAUCGCUCCAUCCGGAUGUGGACCCCUUCAAUCGUCGGGCUGUACGAGCCCAAGGCGCUCAAAUCGGCGCACGGCGGGUGCAUCAGGUCCGUCUCCUUCUCCCGCGACGGCACCUUACUCGUCUCCGCCGCCGACGACAAGACCGUGAAGAUCUGGGGCGCCCCCGAGGGCAAGUUCCUGCACACCCUCUCCGGCCACAUCAACUGGGUGCGCUGUGCCGAGUUCAACCACGACAACGGCCUCAUCGUGUCCGCCUCCGACGAUAAGACGGCGCGGCUGUGGGACGUCCGCGGACAGAGGUGCGCGUUCAUCUACGACGACUUCAAGGCCCCGGUGCGGUGCGCCAAGUUCCACCCCGACGGCGCCGCCAUCGCCACCGCGGGAGACGACCGGACGAUUCAGGUCUGGGACAUUCGCUCGCAGAAGCUGGUGCAGCACUACCACGCCGCGCACGGCGAUCGCGUCAACUCGCUCUCGUUCCAUCCCUCGGGCGACUUCCUCCUGUCCACGUCGGACGACGGGACGGUCAAGGUCUGGGACCUGCGCGAGGGUCAGCUGUUCUACACCCUGAACGGGCACGAUGGGCCGAGCACGUGCGCGGAGUUUUCCCCCGACGGCUCGUUCUUCGCGUCGGGCGGCGCGGACCAAUCGGUGAUGGUGUGGAAGACAAACUUUGACGCGGUGCUGAAGAAGCACGCAGGCGCGACGGAUGUGAAGCUGCCCGCGCCGUUCACCGCGGAGGCGCCCAUCUUGAAGGAUGAUCCGAGAGCGGCGCCCGUGAUGUCUACCGAGCGCGCGAUGGAGGGGCUGAAGGCUGGUUCAACGCCGCCUCUGAAGGAAAAUAAGAACAAGGAGCCGGUGAAGACUCCGGUGAAGAAGCCGGCGGCGGCGGGCGGGGACGGUGCCAUCCCCGAGGCGCUGGCGCAGACGCUGGGUCACAUCGUGGGUCAACUGGAUGUGCUCACCAAGAGCAUCGGGUUGAUCGAGGAGAGGCUCAGCGCUAACGAGGAUAGGGUGAAGGACCUCGUCGGAAUCGCGGAGAAGAAGAGUUCUUCAGCGAGGAUCGCGAAAUAGGGAGGGGUGCAGUUUUAAAGAAUUGUGUCUAUAGAACC